CUUUUAAACUGUAUGUGUGUAAUAUUUCAAAAUAUGAGAAUCUGAAAUUUGCAUAUUUAAUGGAAUAGAUUGGAAUUUUAGACAAAACCUACUCAAGUACUCGCAAAACAUCUCAAUAAUUAAUUAAUUACUUUGUCAAACUAGUUGAAACACCGGGAUUCUCAACAAAAAGAGUGCAAAGUUGAAUGAUCUCCGUAUAAAAAUAAAAAUCGAAGAUCAUGCUGUUUUAAAUGUGAAUGUGAUUUACGCUCAAAUUGCCAAUCAAUGUCGAAAUGCUCAAGUUAAUUGGAAUCAAUAAAUAAAAGUGCUGAAUAGUGUGAAUAACAAUUGAAAGAAAACAAUGGAUCAGUCUGAAAAAAUUGAGAAGAAAAAUCCCAGAGAAAGUGCGAAUGCCUUAUCACAAUUAUUCUUUUUAUGGUCCGUACCGACAAUACUAAGGGGAGCCUUUCACGGUUUAGAUUGGAAAGACCUAACGAAAUGUUUACCAUCAGAUAAUUCUAAGGAUUUAGGAGAAAAGCUUGAGAUAGAAUGGGAAAAAGAGUUGGAACAAGCGCGAAAGAAAAAUAGCUCACCACAUUUGAGGAAUGCAUUAUUCAAGACAUUUUAUUUGAGUUGUAUCGUCGAUGGUUUUCUUGUGUUUACAUUUACCCUCCUUAAAUCAAUCACUCCGGUCUUUUUGUCUCAGUUACUAAUUCAAUUUCAAAAACCACUAAUGGUGAAUGUUAAUGAGACUGCUAUCAUACAUGACAACGCAACCACAUUAUCAACAACAAUCAUUAUGGCAAGCACCACAGAAUCAACCAUUAUAUCAAUCUCUAAUGAAGAUGACGAGAAUAUUUGGGAUAAGGUUUUUCAAUAUAUUGCGUCUAUUUGGACUGAUCCAUUUUGGUUGUCCACGCUCGUAGUAGUAUUUACGUUUAUAUCUUGCAUCUUAAAUCAUCAUGUUGAUCUUCGGCAAAGAUUUGUAGGGGCUAGGAUGCGUAUUGCUUGCUCAGCUGCAAUUUACCGAAAAUCACUAAGAAUGUCAAAAAGAGCAAUAACACAAACAUCUGCUGGAAAUAUAAUAAAUCUUUUAUCGAAUGAUGUAAAUAGAUUUGAUUUUGGUUUCAUCUAUGUGCAUUUCAUAUGGGUGCUUCCUAUUCAAGCUUGCUUAAUUUGUUAUUUGAUAUGGCGAAAGGCAAAGUAUGCAGCUAUAGUUGGAGUCUUGGGACUUUUGCUAAAAACAGUCCCAAUUCAAACUGGAUUAUCAAGAGUUUCAGCUAUUUUGAGAAUGAAAAUCGCAAUACGAACGGACGAUCGUGUAUCCAAAAUGAAUGAACUUAUUCAAGGGAUCCAAGUAAUUAAAAUGUAUGCUUGGGAAAUACCAUUUAGAAGCGUUAUCAAAUUGGCACGCAAAAAAGAGGUGGAUCAAAUUCAAAUGGCCCAAUAUAUCAGAGGAAUAUAUAUGUCAACUAUGGUAUUUACUGAACGUUCUACUUUAUUCCUUGCCAUUCUUGCAUGUGUAUUAGAGGAACGUGCAGUGACCGCUGAUUUAGUGUUUUCUAUGGCAACAUUUUUUAAUGUCCUUCAAUUGACGGCUGCAAUAUUUUAUCCACUGGCAGUGUCGUUGGGAGCUGAAGCACUGGUUUCAAUAAAAAGAAUACAAGAUUUCCUGAGCCUUGAAGAGCAGGAUGUUUUGGCAAAUGGAUUCAAGAGUAAUGAAUCUAAAACCAAAUUUGCUGUUGGACUAUCUAAUAUCACAGCUUCAUGGACCAGUGAUUACAACAAAACUCUAAUAAAUUUAAACUGUCGAAUGAAAGCAGGAAAGCUUUGCGCAAUUAUUGGACCUGUGGGUAGUGGCAAAAGUUCUAUUUUUCAAUUACUACUUGGUGAGCUUCCGAUUGAAACCGGCGAUAUUUACAUCAAUGGUGACACAAGCUACGCUUCACAGGAUCCAUGGCUGUUUUCGUCAACAGUACGAAACAAUAUUCUUUUUGGACUGGAAUAUGAUAAAUUACGUUAUUCGGAGACUGUAAAGCAUUGUGCAUUAGAGACAGAUUUUCAUCAACUCCCAUAUGGAGAUAAAACAUAUGUUGGGGAGCGUGGAAUGAGUUUAUCUGGUGGACAAAAAGCACGAAUUAGUUUAGCAAGAGCUGUGUAUAAAAAAUCCUCAAUUUAUCUUUUCGAUGAUCCCCUCUCUGCUGUGGAUGCUCAUGUAGGAAAGCAUUUAUUUACAGAAUGUUUAGGACCCAAUGGUUAUCUAGCGCGUCAAAAAGCAACCAGAAUUCUUAUUACACACCAAAUUCAUUUCCUGAAGGAAGCUGACUGGAUAAUUGUAAUCGACAAGGGAAAAAUUGUUAGACAGGGCACGUGGAAUGAUGUAAUGGAUAUUGAUUUAUAUCAGUAUGUUUCAUCUGAUUGUGAAAAGAAUGAUGACACAUCAGAUAAUGAAUAUCCGCAUAGUGAUGAUGAUGAUAUACCAUAUAUUGAUGAUGCACCAGAAAAUCCAAAAGGCUAUUUAAAACUCAGAACAUCAGACACAAAAAUUUCAUCUCGUUCAUCAGUAGAUAACAGUAUGGAGAACUUGAAUAUGAACGAGCAGAAAAAUCUUCGCGAUGAAGAUAGAAAUGAGAAGAAAAUUAAGUUUGCAAAAGUUUUCAUCGAAUAUUUCCGUGCUGGUGCUACUAUGUCGGUUCUUAUGAGUGUUGCUAUAUUCUUAAUAUUCUCUCAAUUUGUUACUUCUGCCUCGGAUUAUUUCAUAACGUUUUGGACAAAUCAAGAAUUAUUGCGUAUAAAUCAAAUGGAGACGAUGUUCAGCACAAAAGAUGGUCUCUAUAUUUAUGGAUUUUUAAUACUUGCUGUCGUUAGUGUAACUUUAUCAAGAGGAUUCAUCUUUUUUGCUGUAUGCAUGCGCGCUUCUAAAAAGCUUCACGAUACAAGUUUUUUAAGCCUUCUUCAUAGCCCCAUGCGCUUUUUCGACUUAAAUCCAGUAGGAAGAAUUCUCAAUCGAUUUAGCAAGGAUAUGGGAGCUGUAGACGAAUCGUUACCAAAAGCAAUUAUUGAAGCCGUACAGAACUUGUUAGUAAUGAUGGGAAUAUUGGUUCUCAUAGCAUUAACAACAACAGGAUAUACAUUUCCAGCAGCAUUAAUUAUAACAGCUAUCCUCUAUGGAUUAAUACUAAAAAUGUAUUUACGACCAGCUAAGGAUAUAAAAAGAUUAGAAGGAAGUACAAAAAGUCCUGUUUUCGGUCAAAUGACGUCAACUUUAUCCGGAAUUUCAACGAUACGAGCAUCUAAAAUGGCAGAACAAUUGACGUCCGAAUUUGAUAAGCUACAAGAUGUGCAUUCAGGUGUUUGGCAAACCCUCUUAAGCAUUAAUACAGCACUCGGAUUAUGGCUUGACUGUGUUUCAUGCGCCUUUGUAGCUUCAAUUUGUUACAGUUUCAUAAUAAUGAAUGAUGAAACAACAUCGAGUUCGAAUGUGGGAUUAGCAAUAUCUCAAGCAUUAAUUCUAACCGGAAUGGUUCAACAUGGAAUUAGACAAAUGAUGGAAUCAUUUCAACUUUUUACUAAUACUGAGCGUGUCCUUCAGUAUAUAAAAUUAGAUCAAGAACCUAUAGUAACAAAAAAACCAACAAAAGACUGGCCUUUUAAGGGAUUAAUUGAAUUUAAAAAUGUUUCAUUAUACUAUGACAUCAAUUCGCCACCUUCUUUAAAAAAUUUAAAUUUCACAAUCGAAGCAGGAAGUAAGGUUGGAGUAGUUGGAAGAACGGGAGCAGGAAAGAGUUCAAUUAUAAAUGCACUCUUUAGAUUGUCAUAUAUCGAUGGUCGAAUAUUAAUUGAUGGAAUUGACACUGGCGAAAUAAAUCUGCAAAGCUUGCGAAUGAAAGUAUCAAUUAUUCCGCAAAAUCCGGUGCUAUUUAGUGCAACUGUUCGGUAUAAUUUGGAUCCGUUUAAUGCCUUUACUGAUGAUCAAAUUUGGAAUGCCCUUGAGACGGUUGAAAUGAAAACAGCUGUAGGUGGUCUGCAAUAUAUGGUUACAGAGGGAGGUAAUAACUUCUCUGUAGGUGAACGUCAACUGAUUUGUUUGGCUCGUGCAAUUUUAAGAAACAAUAAAAUUCUAUUGCUUGAUGAAGCAACAGCAAAUAUUGAUCAACAAACGGACUAUUUGAUUCAGAAAACUAUCCGGGAUAAAUUUUCAAAUUUCACUGUAUUCACCAUAGCACAUCGACUUCAUACUGUCAUGGAUUCUGAUAUGAUCCUUGUUAUGGAAAAUGGCUAUGCAAAAGAAUACGAUAUCCCAUACAAGUUACUACAGCAAUCGGAUGGAUUUUUAAGAAGUUUAGUCAAUAAUCUCGAUGCUUCAGAGAAACAGCAGUUAAUUGAAGUUGCGAAGAAAAAAUAUGAAGAAAUUUUAGACAAUAACAAAAUUAAAUAGACUUAACUUACACAAUAAUUUAUACACUCAAGCAUGUGAUUUGCUAUUUUCUUUUAUAUUUAAAAAUUUAAUUUUUUUGUCUUUUUCUAUAAAGUUGCAAGAUAAAUGCACA